AUGAGAACCAUGGCGAGUGUGUGUUUUAUGGUGUUUAUGCUCGUUUUUGUACAAAAUGUUUUCGGAAAUAUUUGUACGAAGAAUGAAAAUAGUUUAACUUGCGACGAAUGCAUCAGGUGCGGCGGUGAAUGGUGCAGGGAACGUAAGCUCCCAACUUCUCACUGUGUCUUCACAUCAGGAGAUGGAUGGUGUCCGGCAGAACGCGAAUAUCUACCAGCAGCGGGUGAUAAAUCGACUAAAGGAAUUGAAGUCAACCCAGUAUCUGCUGAGAGGACUCUCCACGUCGGCAAGAAGAACAAAUUAGACAUCCAGUACACUUCUAAAACUAAAGAGAAGCCCAAGAUGUUGAUUCUGCAGUCGACACAAAGCUUCAACAUCGAAUUUGAUAUCGACGAGCCUGAAUGUGCUGGAACGAUGUGCGUCGCAACUGUCUCUGCUACUCCUACUCAAGACUUCUGCAACGUUACUGGUGGAGUGUCCGAGUAUGUGGAGGUCAGCAUCAAUGUAGGACUAGCUGAAGAAGUGAAGGUCAAGUACUACGUGGUCUGUGCUUGCCCCUGCAGUGGUAAAGCUGAGAUUAGGUCCCCAGUCUGCAACGGAAAUGGCAACUACUCUUGUGGAAUCUGCAUUUGUGAACCUGGAUGGACGGGUGCAUCAUGCGAAAAACCAAUUUGCGAUGAAACCAAACGUGGUGAUGUUGUCCAGUGCUCAUUGAACCCCAGGAACGAUGAGGACUGCAACGGCAAUGGCUACUGUGGUAUUUGUGAGACCUGCGUCUGCUAUACUGACCGGGAAGGUUCCCAAUACUUCGACCAAGACAACAACUGCGCUGGUCUCUGUACCAUCACAAACGGUGAUUAUGAGGACUGCCUCGUCAACAGCAACGGUACUAGCGGCAUGUGCUUCAAUUCUCAUCCGAAUCCGCUAAUAAUGCAACGUUACAACGUUUCUCUCACAAAUGAAAGAGAUUAUGAAGAUAAAAAGGUUUGGGUGAAAUGCAAUGAAACCUUUGACGGCUGUGGGAUGCUAGAAUACUUCGCCAAACGUGACGAAAGAGGCAUUUACGUUAUGAUGGUGAAUCUUUGUAACGAAAUUCAUAAUGAGGCGAUUGUGGCUGACACGAAAGUGCCAAUUAUCCUGGGAGUCCUGGGCAUCGUGGCAGCAGUAGCGGCAGUAAGCGGAGUGAUGCUAUGGAAGCACUUGAACACCGUCCCUCCAGUCCCUCUGAACGACCCUCAGUACCAGAACAUUGACGCUGAGGACUGCACGGGAGAGAACCCACUAUACAAACCUCCCACGUCAUCCUUCAAAAACCCAACCUAUGGCAAAUGGUAG